GGAAAGAUCGAUUUGCUGGAUACGAGGUGUAUCUUUCAAACACAACCGCGAGACGUCGUGAAGAUCGCUGUUUCAUCGAUGAAUCACAGAGUGUCAACGAAAUCGAAAGUCAUGUCAACCACAGUGAAUGUAAUGGUACAGCACAGUACGUGACGAUAUACAACCACAGGGAAUCACCUAAACGACAAUCGUGGUAUAGUAAUGACGCCCUUCUGGAACUGUGUGAAGUAAAGGUGUAUGGAUGUGAAGUAGGGAAAUACGGAUCUGGAAACUGUGACCAAACCUGUUCCUCCAGUUGUCGGGGCGGCCUGUGUAACCCCAGUUCUGGACAUUGUUUAGACUGCCAAGACGGUUACUAUGGAUACAGAUGCGAAUCAGAAUGUUCAAAUACCUGUGGAAGUAAUGUAUGUGAGAAGGUUACUGGAUAUUGUACAGACUGCCAAGACGGUUACUACGGAAACAGAUGUGAAUCAGAUUGUCCUAAUACUUGCGGAAGUAAUGUAUGUGAGAAGGUUACUGGAGACUGUACAGACUGUCAAGACGGUUUUUACGGGUUGAGAUGCAGCAUUCAAUGUCCUGCUAACUGUAGCAGUAAUGUAUGUGGGAAGGAUCAUGGAUACUGUACAGACUGCCAAGACGGUUAUUUUGGAGAUAGAUGUCAAUAUCAAUGUCCUGUGUCACUUGUGUAAAUAAAGUAUGUGAUAAAGAUACUGGAAAUUGUAUAGUGUGUCCAGAAGGUAAGUACAAUCAGAAGUGUGAACAGCCAUGCCCGUACACAUGUGGCAAUAACAGCUGUGAGCAGAAAAGUGGAAAGUGUACUGAUUGUAAUGUUGGUAAAUACGGUCCGACUUGUGCCAACUGUUCGGUUAAAUGCUCUGCGGCAAAAUGUGAUUUCGAUGGCCAAUGCACUGACGGAUGUGUUGACGGUAGAUAUGGAGACAGAUGUGAACUGCCUUGUUUGGGAAACUGCACAAGUUGUACCCGGGAUGGAGAACAGUGUUUAGGUUGCAUUGAUGGAAUGUUUGGUAGUUUCUGUUCACGGGAAUGUGGUCAGUGUGUUGGCCAGCGCUGUAAUAUAGACACAGGUCACUGUGAAACACCAUGUCAAAUGGGUUGGACUGGUCAACGGUGUGAAGUCAAAGCCGAGAAACAGACAGAGGAUGACAGUAGCAAUGUUGGCACAUAUGUUGGAGUCGGAGGCGUUUCAAUAUUUGUCGUCAUGAUUGUGAUCAUUGCGGUAGUUUGCAUAAUCAAACGAAAAUCAUCCACAUCCGGCGAAACUGCAUCCUCACCCUCAGUGGCAUAUGGAGGGCCAAAUCCUUCAAACAACUCGAACAGACACUCGGACGAAACAGGAGGACAUGUCUAUCUUAACCUUCAAGAUGGAAGUAUGCCAGAACAAUCAGAAAACCCUGAAAAUGUGUAUUACAACGAAGGGCCAGUUGGGUUCCCCGUCAGUAUGCUGAAGACACUUAUAUCUGAGAAAAUGGAAGACGAAGAAAAGAAGUUUAUUUCGGAAUUUGAGGCAUUUCCAGUCGGUGCAAUUCAUCCUCAUGCGAUUGCAGAGAAGAAUAAGUCGAAGAAUAGAUUCAAAGCCAUAUAUCCAUAUGACCAUUCAAGGGUAAUUCUUAACACAAUACCGGGCGGAAAUAGUUCAGACUAUAUUAACGCAAACUACAUCGAUAGUGUUGAAGAAAGGAAGGUGUAUGUUGCAACUCAAGGACCACUCCCAUCUACGACCGAUGACUUUUGGAGGAUGGUCUGGACUAUAAACUCUGGAAAGAUAGUGAUGCUUACAAACCUAGUUGAAAGUCGAAAGGACAAAUGUGAGAAGUACUGGCCAGACGAAGGUGACUCCAUGACAACAAAGACAUUUGACAUCAUGCUGAACAGGGAACGAGAUUAUGCGUCUCACGUUGUCAGGAAUAUCACAGUAAUUGAUCGAAAGUCAAAAGAGAAGCGAGAUAUCCAUCAGUUUCAUUUCACCACCUGGCCGGACCAUGGGACCCCGAACACGUUAGAACUUGUCUUAUUUCAUCGUCGCGUAAAGCUGCACAAAACUACACUUCCUGGCCAGAUGGUGGUUCACUGCAGUGCUGGUAUUGGAAGAACAGGAACGUUUAUCGCCCUUGACGCGCUGUUAGAUUUCGGGAAAAAAUAUGACCGCAUCAACAUCCGCCAUUAUGUAAAUAUGAUGAGAAAGGACAGAAUGCAUAUGAUUCAAACAGAGGUGAGGAAUCAAAUUCGCAUAUUUUUCCUGAAUAAGGUCCGGGCUGUUUUAUGA